AUGCUUCCGGCCUUCGGGUGACGCCGGUGACGCUUCCGGACAGCCCGCGAUUCGUCCUUUGGUAGCAGAAAAGUGUUUUCGGUAUCGCUGUUCGUGCAGCUUGAACCGCGGGUGCUGUUCCUAACUUCCAGUCUUCCCAUUGUAGUUCGCGUCUGAAACUUGAAGAAAGCGGGAUGGCGUUUAAGGGCAUCCUAAAGUUAAGCAUCCUCGGAGGCACACUGUAUGCUGCAGGAAAGUCUGGCGUGUUCAGCGACAGUUCUCGUACGCUUGAGCAGAUAAACAAGUCUGCGAAAAACUGCCCACAGUUGAAGCAGUACCUCGACAAGCAGGUGCCAGAACGGGCGGAACUAAAUUCUAGGAUGGUUGACACCUGGAACAACGGUGUGAAAUAUGUGUUCAAGCACACACUUUUGCUGCCAGACUACACAAGGUCCGGCUUGUCGUGGUGUAAGAAAUCCAUUGAAGGACUUAUGGAUAUCGAAAGGAAGCCGACAGAAUGAGUUACAUAUGUCUAGCAAUAAAAAUUGAUUAGAGAACUGUC